AUGGAGCCCCAGCACCCGAGACAAAGGGCAGGGAUGGGACUAGCCAGCAAAGGAGGCUGCAGCCAGAGGCCCCGGAUCAGAAACCCAGUGGAGUGGUUAGAUCACCAAACCUUCUCCUUCCACUUUCGCAACCUGAGAUUUGCCAGUGGGCGGAACUGCACCUACCUCUGCUACCAGGUGGAAAGACUGAAGCACUUCUCACCUGACUCCUCCGACUGGGGCGUCUUUCAAAACCGGGUCUAUCCCGAGACUCCCUGCCACGCGGAACUCUGCUUCCUCUCUUGGUUUCGCACUAAGAAGCUGUCCCCUUACGAGCAGUACCGCAUCACCUGGUUCUUGUCCUGGAGCCCCUGUUUGCCAUGUGCAGAGCAGGUGGCUGCGUUCCUGAAGGAGAACAGGAACGUGAGGCUGAGCAUCUUCGCCGCCCGUCUCUACUACUUUUGGAAACCAGAUUGCCAGCAGGGGCUGCGCGCGCUGCACCAGCAGAGGGCCUGGGUGCGCAUCAUGUCCUUCCGAGACUUUAAAUACUGUUGGAAAAACUUUGUGUACAAUCAGGGAAUGCCCUUCAAGCCUUGGAAGAAACUGCGUAAAAAUUAUCAGUUCCUGGUGGCAAAGCUUCAUGAAAUUCUCGGAAACACAAUGAAUCUGCUAAAAAAACAUAUAUUCAGACAACAGUUUGGCAACCAGCACCGGGUCCCACAGCCCUACUACCGGAGGAAGACCUAUCUGUGCUACCAGCUGAAGCAACUUGAUGGCUUCACGCUUGACAAAGGCUGCUUCCAAAACAAGAAACAGCGACAUGCAGAAAUUCGCUUUAUUGACAAGAUCACCUCGCUGAAUCUGGACCCAAACCAGAGCUACAAAAUCAUCUGCUAUGUCACGUGGAGCCCUUGCCCUACCUGUGCCAAGGAACUCGUUGAUUUCAUCAACGGUCAGGACCACCUGAGCCUGCAAAUCUUUGCCUCCCGCCUGUACUUCCAUUGGGUCAAGGUGUUUCAGAGGGGGCUGCAGCAGCUACAGGCAGCCCAGGUCUCAGUGGCUGUCAUGACCCGCUCAGAGUUUGAAGACUGCUGGGAAGAAUUUGUGGAUAACCAGGGGAUGCCCUUCGAGUCCUGGGAUAAGCUGGAGCAAUACAGUGAAAGCAUAAGCCGUCGGCUCCAGAAGAUCCUGUCGCCCUCGAAUUGGAAUAAUUUAGAGGAUUCCUUCAGAGACUUGAGACUUGGAUCCCCAUCCCCUUCGUCUUUAAGAAGUGACUCAAGAUGA